GGCAAAGUGAAGUUUUGUUCUGGGUCAACAGACAGAUCUACUUUUUCUUUCUUUACCAUUGACAAUAAUAUAUGUCUAUCUUUGUUAUUAUAGUUUCGAUUUCUACGACUUCUAAUGACAGUAUAUAUUUUUAGAAUGGAAAGAGGAUUAAAAGCAAUAAAUAUUAAUUUCAAACCAUUUUUAUGAAAACACGUGGAUUUAUCGAUAUACGUUAAGGGGAAGUGACUGGUUACGUAAUUGUCAUAUCAACAGGAAAAAAGUCGAUUACAAUGUGAGGUUAUGUUUGCCUUACUACUUGGCAGUAGAGUGUUUCGGACAGUCGUUACAGUUGCAUUCAAUAUGAAACCGAAAGUUGUCUUUGUUUUGGGAGGCCCGGGUGCAGGUAAAGGAACCCAAUGCUUAAAAAUUGUAGAACAUUUCGGAUACACACAUUUAUCGGCCGGCGAUUUACUCAGAGCGGAGAGAAAUAAUCCAGGUUCUCAGUAUGGUGAACUUAUUGAAAAUUACAUUAAAGAAGGAAAAAUUGUACCUGUAGAAAUAACGUGCAGCCUUUUAGAAAAAGCCAUGAAAGAGUCCGGCAAAGAAAAAUUCCUUAUCGAUGGGUUUCCCAGAAAUCAAAACAACUUGGAUGGUUGGAACAAUGUAGUUGCUAAUAAAAUCGACUUACAGUUCGUUCUUUUCUUUGACUGUCCUUUAGAUGUAUGUUUAGACCGAUGUAUCAAGAGAGGAGCCUCAGGUAGUGGUAGGACUGAUGAUAACGAAGAGAGUUUGAAGAAACGUUGCAAUGUAUAUAUAAAUGAAACAAGACCCAUCAUUGAACAUUAUGAAAAAUACAAUUUGGUUAAAAGAAUAGAUGCAAGUAAAACAGAAGCUGAAGUAUUUGAUGAAGUGAAGCAGAUUUUUCUUGGCAAUGCAACAGGAGACCACUAGUAGCGAUAAUGUAGAUAAUUGAGAAUAUUUUAAGUCAACGUCAUGGUCAAUAAAAAUGAUUUUUAGGUAAAAUUGGUGAUUAUAUAGAUAGCGUUAUGCCAGUUUUUUCAUGGUAUACAUGGUAAUUUUAUUAAUAUGCAAAGUUUAUUUUUUUAAAUUAUUUAUAUAGGGUAUCUAGAAACAACUACAAAUACUAGAUGUGAUUUUAUGUCCACUUUCGUAAAACAUGUUUUUCAAGGGUUUUUGUUUACUGUAAAUUUGAUACAAAUUUCCUAUUCUGCUUAAUUUCACUGUUAAUUUCAAAAUUAUGAGGAUUUUUCUGAAAAAUGUUCUCCUGUUUGGAAUUCGCAGGUAUGCACUGUUUUUCAAAAAAAAAAAAAACAGUUACUGCUAUAGGUUAGGUUAAGCUUCGAACAAAAACGAUUUUGGCGUGGUUUUCCAGUUCUUCCUCUCUUUUUAUUUUAUUCAGCAAACUAGACAAUUUCUUCUUUUUUCUGUCAUCGUGUAUCUUAUAAAGACAUUUCGACGUCUCAAACUCAAACUUUUUAUAAUUACUAAUAUUAGUACUUGUAUGAAAUUUUCCCAGAUACAUGGAUCGGUAUAAUAAAAUCUCCCGCUAGAUCUUUUUUGGAUUUUUUCUGAUGACCGAAAAACAUUGCGGACAAGACAAAAAUUGAUAAUCAGGGUCAACUGAAAUAGAGAUAUUCCCACACACAGCAACAUAACUACCACAACGUAUGCAGAUGACACUGCUACGCUAGCAUCUCGCCAGGACCCAGUUAUGGCCUCUCAUAUAUCACAGACAAACUUAACGCCAUUUCCUUGUGGCUAAAAACUUGGAGGAUAAAAGUGAAUGAAAAAUCUGUGCAUGGUACCUACGAGGGUAGUGUCCAAUUGUAAUAUUAAACGGGCAUCUUCAGCAACAAUAAGGGAGUGCAAAAUAACUUGGAAUUCAUCUGAACCGACGACUAACCUGGAACACACACAUACUAACCAAGAAAAAGCAAUUGGGUCUAAAACUCGGCAAACUGUACUGGUUAAUAGGUCAAAAAUAUGUAUCAACUAACAACAAUUGACAACAAGCUGCUAAUAUGCAAAGUCACACUAAAACCCAUAUGAAGUUAUGGUAAUCAACUAUGCAUCCAACUCAAGUAUAGCAAUUCUAGAGAGAUUUCAAUCGAAAGUACUCAGAAUUAUUGUAAAUGAUCCUUGGUAUAUACCCAAUAGUCACUUCUCCCAAAAAUAUUCUUACCGCAUGGAAAUCCAUUCCAACAUAUUGGCUCAACCUCUAAUGAGACCUCCCACCCAGAUAUUUUUUAGAUUUUUUCUGAUAUCCGAAAAAUAUUUGGUACAAUACAAAACCUGGUAAUCAGGAUUAACUGAAAAGAGAAUACCAUUAAGAUCAAUACGUUUUUGCAUGUUCAAUACGUUGAACCAAUUUUUUCCAUUCCGAAAGAAGCACCUCGAAAACAUGUUAUUUAAACACAACCACCGCUUCUUCAGAUGUAAAAAAACGAUGUCCUCGCAAUUUUUUUUUGAUCUGCGGAAAUAAGGUGCCAAACAAAGUAUGUACGGUGGAUGAACCAUCAAUUCGAUGUUACGUCUAUUCAAAAACGUUUUUGUUCGAACUGAUGAGUGAGAUCUCGCAUUUUCGUGGUGGAGAAUGAUUCGUAAUCUGCGAUUGGUUUCUUCUUCUGGCAAACAAAUGCUGGUGUACCGUUCUACGUUACUCUAAUCGAUCGGUGGCUAAAUGUCCAGUUAUUCCGAAAAAACAGGCGACCAUUUGCUUCAAAGUGCGUAAAAAUGAUUUUACGUUGGUUGUAUGUAAUGAUUGAAUUGUUCCAAUAAUUAGUUUAUAUAAGAGAUUGGAUUCAGGUUUCGCAACAAGUGAUUGUCAUGUAGAGCAGAAUUUCUCUACAGGAUAAGUUCAGGGACCAAUAAAAUUAUGGAAUGCUAUAUACUGGACUAUUAGCUGAUUUUUUUACAUAAACAAAUUAUGACAACGAUAACCAUUUUUAAGAGUUAAUGUGACCCAAAGGAUCUAUCGUGUUCCCUUUUCUUGCUACGAUACUGGGGAACUCAGUUUUACAGCUUAUCUACUUUAACAAAAGCUUCUCUAUUAAUUUUUGAUAUUUUUUUAGUUUUUCUGUCUGAUCCCGACUUUUUAUCAAUCGAAAUACCAGUCUCAACACGCUGACAGAUAUCCUAAAUUGUUUGUCCUGGUAUUCCCAUUCUUACAAACUAAUUUGUUCAGAUCUUUAUUUUGUUCAUAAAACUUGACAAUUAUUUCACGUCGUUCGUUUUCUUUUAGAUUUUCCAUACUUAAAACUAAACUUCUAACAUUCUCAGUCAACGCCUACUUUAAUUGCUAAGCUGUCAAAAAAUGUACGGAUUUUAUGACUCCACACCCACACAUGUUCGUUCUUGCACUCCAUUUGAAAUUAACCCACAACUAGAAGCUUUAAUGAAAAUCACGCACUACUUGCUUAUAAAGUUACUUCAAUGUGACCAGUAUCACGUGAUAAACGACAAAGUGCAGCACUAACAUAAGUUAUUCAAAAAAUAAAGCAACGCUCUCUAUCAGUAGAAAGCGAAAGUACUUAGUUACCAACCUUAUAGAAAAACAUAUACUAUCUAUAGUUUGCAUUUAGCAGAAAAGUUUCCAGACAUCCUGUAUAAUGAGAAGAAUAAUAAUUGUCAAGUAUUAAGUAUUUAAAUUAGUUUUGACCUAAGUUUGAGUCACUUUAUUAUCAUUUCAUAUUAUAUUUAUAGAAAAAAAAGUGUGACUUGAGCUAAUUAAACAAUUUUUGUAAGCAGAACGAAAUUGGAUAUUUAAAAUAAAAAUUAUAAGAUGGAAUAUUCAAAUUGUUAGAUAGAUUAUUAGGUUGAAAUUGAUUUAUUAUAUACUAAGGUAUGAUAAUGAAUUUUGAUUUUGUUGAAUAAUUGUACUUACACUGGAAACUAUAUAUGUAUGUAAUUUUAUAUUUAUGGCGAAAUAAAACUAUUCAUAGACUUAUUUUUA